UCUGUGGCGGUGUACAAGUGUCGUGAAACAAUAGAGGUUAUAUUUAUUAUUACAGAAUUGGAAAUUAUAUAAAUUAUAAUAAUGUCAAACAGGAAGCGUGAACAUGAAGAGAGUGACGCGGAAGAUGAUUGGAUCGGUCCGCUACCUUCGGAAGCUGCGCCACAGAAGAAACAACGAGUUCUGGAGUACGAGCAGGUGUACAUUGAUAAUCUGCCGUGCUGUGAGUGCUACGAGAAGUCUUACAUGCAUAGGGACGUCAUUACUCAUAUUGUAGUAACAAAGUCAGGCUUUGUGAUAACAGCCAGUUGUGACGGACACGUCAAGUUUUGGAAGAAACAAGAGGAACUGAUCGAAUUUGUAAAACAUUUCCGGGCACAUCUGAUGACGAUACAAUCAAUAUCCGCCAGUUGCAACGGCACUCAUAUGUGUUCGGUUAGCAUAGACAAGACUAUGAAAAUCUUCGACGUCAUUAAUUUUGAUAUGAUAAAUAUGAUAAAACUGGACUUUGUACCGCUUUGUGCCGAGUGGAUAUAUUCAGCCGGUGAUGCGAUCGCUGCGGUGGCAGUUUCCUCCCAGGACUCCAGCAAAAUAUACAUCUACGAUGGUCAGGGAACUAAUACACCUCUGCGUGUAAUCGAAAGAUUACAUACCAAACCAGUUACCAUCAUGAAAUACAAUCCCGUCUACGAGACAUGCAUCUCCGUCGACAAGGCGGGCAUAUUGGAAUACUGGACGGGCCCGAAAACGGGGUACAGAUUUCCCAAGUGCAUAUCGUUCGAAUCGAAGCUGGACACCGACUUGUUCGAGUUCGCUAAAAACAAGACUUACCCGUGCGGCUUAGCGGUGUCGCCGGACGGCAAACGAUUCGCGUCGCUCAGCGGCGACAGGAAGGUCCGAGUCUUCAAUUUCCGCACGGGAAAACUGUACAGAAUAUUCGACGAGACGCUCCAGAGGUUCACCGAGUUACAGAAGACUGUACUGCAGCUCCCGAACAUGGAGUUUGGACGCAGGUUGGCGGUCGAGAGGGAACUCGACAAAACCGAGAUCAAUCUGGGAAAUAUCAUUUUCGACGAAUCUGGUUACAUUAUCUUGUACUCGACGAUGUUGGGCAUCAAAAUGGUGAAUCUCUACACGAACCGUUGUAUUAAAAUCAUGGGGAAGCCGGAAAACAUACGGCCGAUGCAGCUGGCACUGUUCCAGGGAAAGGCGAGAAAGACGACCGCCGCGUUGACCGUCGAGAUGGAGGCGUCCGAGAACCCGACGAUAGAAAUGAACCGUCCGGACCCGACGUUGUUCUGCACCGCUCACAAGAAGAAUCGUUUCUACAUGUUCACGAGACGCGAGCCGGAGGACACGAAGAGCCAGGAAUGCGACCGGGACGUCUUCAACGAGAAACCGUCGAAGGAGGACAUCAUAUCCUCCACCGAGACCACGAACAUGCAGAAGAUAUACGACACCGCGAUCAUCCACACGGCGCUCGGCGACAUCCAUGUGAAUCUCUUCGGCAAGGACGUUCCCAAGACCGUCGAGAACUUCUGCGUGCACGCGAAGAACGGCUAUUACAACGGCCACAUAUUCCACCGAGUCAUCAAGGGCUUCAUGAUACAGACGGGCGACCCCACCGGAACCGGCACCGGCGGCGAAAGCAUAUGGGGAGGCGAGUUCGAGGAUGAAUUCAGGCCGAACUUGAAGCACGACAGGCCGUACACCUUGAGCAUGGCCAACGCGGGUGCGAAUACGAACGGUAGCCAGUUCUUCAUCACGCUGACGCCGACGCCCUGGCUGGACAACAAGCACACCGUUUUCGGCCGGGUUCACAAGGGCAUGGAGGUCGUGCAGAAUAUCAGUCAAGUGAAGACGAAUCCGAAGACCGACAAGCCUUACGACGACAUACGCAUAGUCAGCGUAACUGUAAAAUAGCUUUAUAAAAUAAACAUUC